GGAGGUCCCGGCUGUCAGCAGCAGGAGCGAGCAACGCCUGGCACUGGACGCUUCUCAGGACGGUUGCAGCCUUCUCAGCCAGACGCCAACCGAGGAAAAACCACUACCAUGAGAAUUGCGGUGAUUUGCUCUUGCCUCUUAGGCAUCAUCUACGCCCUCCCAGUUAAACAGCCUGAUUCCGGCAGUUCUGAGGAAAAGCAGCUGUACAACAAAUAUCCAGAUGCUAUGGCAGCAUGGCUAAAGCCCGAUCCAUCUCAGAAGCAGAAUCUCCUAGCAUCACAGAAUGCCGUGUCCUCUGAAGACAUUGACAAUUUUAAACAAGAGACCCUCCCAAGUAAGUCCAAUGAAAGCCACGACCACACGGAUGAUGAGAAUGAUGAAGAUGAUGGAGACCACGUGGAUAGCCAGGACUCCAUUGACUCAGAUGACUUCGAUGACGCUGACCAUCCUGAUGAUUCUCACCAUUCUGACGAGUCCCACCAUUCUGAUGAAUCUGAUGAACUGGUUACUGAUUUUCCCACUCGUGUUCCAGCAACCCCAGUUUUCACUCCAGCUGUCCCCACAAUAGACACAUAUGAUGGCCGAGGUGAUAGCGUGGCUUAUAGACUAAGGUCAAAAUCUAAGAAAUUCCACAGAGCUGAUGUCCAGUAUCCUGAUACUACAGAGGAGGACCUCACCUCCCACGUGGAAAGCGAGGAGUUUGAUGAUGCACACAAAGCCAUCCCUGUUGCCCAGGGCCUGAGUGUGCCUUCUGAUUGGGACAGCCAUGGGAAGGACAGUCAUGAAACAAGUAAACUGGAUGACCAAAGUGUGGAAACCUACAGCUACAAGCAGUCCAAAUUACAUAAGCGAAAGGCAAGUGAUGAGAGCAAUGAGCAUUCCGAUGGGAUUGAUAGUCAGGAACAUUCCAAAGACAGCCCUGAAUUCCACAGCCGUGAAUUUCACAGCCAUGAAGACAAGCUAGUCCUAGACCCUAAGAGUAGAGAAGAAGAUAAACAGCUGAAAUUUCGCAUUUCUCAUGAAUUAGAGAGUGCAUCUUCUGAGGUCGAUUAAUGAAGAAAAAAAAAACCAUUUCUUACUUUGCUUUUAAUUAAAAAAAAAUAUAUAGCAAGAUGAGAGAGUAUAAAAAAAUGCCUACUCAGUUUAGUGGAUGAAUGUAUAUGUACAUGGAUCUGGAAAUAGAUAAUGUUUUUGAUCAUUAGCUUAGUUUGCUGCUUCAUGGUAACACCCUUAUAAAUUGAAAACUGCAGGGUUCUGUCUAUGUUCUUUCCGUAGAAGAAAUGCUAACUAUCACUACAUUUUAAUGUCUGUUAUUAUGAAUAGAAAUUUAUGUAGAUGCAAACAAAAUACUUUUACACACUUAAAGAAUAUAACAUUUUAUGUCAC